AUGACUUCUGGAGCUCGAAAGGCCGAGUUGGUUGUCGUCAAUAUGAGGGAGUUGUGGGAUAUCCCGAUACCGAUGGACGAUGGUGCAGAGUUGCGUGCCAAUGUCUAUCUCCCCCCCGAGGAAGGGAGACACCCGGUAGUCAUGUCAAUCACAGCGUACGGAAAGGACCUGCCCUUCUGCCAAGGCUACGCCGAUGCUUGGAAUGUUGUAAUCAAGACCUCCCCAGAUGCCGGUCAAAAUACUUCUGCCAAGUACUUUUCAUUCGAGGCGCCGGACCCAGAGAAGUGGAUCACUCACGGCUACGCGAUUGUUAUCAUCGACACACGCGGCACCGGCAGGACCCCCGGUGUGGUGGAUGCCUUGUCUGCUCGCGAAGGCGACGAUUUUGCCACGGCCGUCGACUGGGUGGGCGAGCAACCGUGGUGCAACGGCAAUGUUGGUCUCUUGGGAAUGUCCUAUCUGGGCUUCACCCAGUGGCUUUGCGCCAGCCGUCAACCAAAGCACCUAAAGGCGAUCCUACCGUGGCAAGCGAGUGACGACUACCUCCGUUCGGUCGGAUAUCAUGGCGGCGUCCCCUGUGCAUUUUUCAAGUCCUGGACCACUGAUUUGGUCAAGACAGUUCAAUACGGUCUCGGAACCCAAGGCAUGACGAACAAAUUUACCGGCCAGGCGGUGAGCGGCGAUGAACAACUGUCGGAGGAGGAGCGCAAUGCCAAUCUUAUCGACAUCUACCCGCAGUUCAUGCAGCACCCUCUCGAUGAUGAAUGCUAUGUGGACCGGCGUGCACACUGGCAUCGGAUCAAAGUGCCAAUGCUGUCUGUUACGUCGUGGGCGGCGCUGGGCACUCAUCUACGUGGUAACGUGGAGGGCUUCAUGAACGCUGCGUCAACUGACAAGUGGCUGUGUAUUCGCCAGGAGCAGGGAGUGUUUGCCACGCUUUACAAUGACGAAGGGGUCGAGCUGCAGCGAAGAUUUUUUGACCACACUCUCAAGGGCAUCGGUGAUUUUGCGCAGACCCAGUCCAAGGUCGAGCUCGCCGUCCGCAAUCCCGAUGAUCAGAUUAUAGAGAUUCGCAAAGCAUCCGAAUGGCCACUCCCAGAAACUCGCUGGAUCACCCUCUAUCUAAAUCCGAGUGACUCGACCAUGGGGGAGAGAUUCCCGUCCAAAGAGACCGCGGCGACCUAUCGAGGGUUCAGUAAGGGUAUCACCAUGCUCACCGAGCCGUUCGCCCACCCCACAGAGAUCAUUGGUCCGCUCGCAGCGAAGCUCUGGGCAUCAGCCUCCACGUCAGAUGCGGACUUGUUCCUAUCCGUUCGCAUAUUUGACGAGAAAGGCACGGAAAAGCUCUUCAAGGGCGUACCCGAUCCUCGAAUUCCACUGAGCCAAGGGUGGCUGCGAGCCUCGAAGCGCGAGCUCGACAAGGACCGCUCACUGCCCUAUCGGCCAUUCUUGACGCAUAAGAGUAUCCAGCCGCUCGUACCCGGCGGAGUUUACGGGCUGGACAUCGAAAUCUGGCCGGCAUGUGUGGCCCUACCUGCCGGCUACCGCCUUGGGCUCACUGUACAGGGUCAGGAUUUCGAGCACGACCAACAACCGACUGAGUGGACGAAGACUGGAGUGAUGAUGCGAGGCUCCGGGAACGCGCUCCACAACGACCCGGAGCACCGGCCUGCCGAGGUGUAUGAUAACGAGGUCACUAUCUAUAGCGGACCUGACCGGAUAUCAUCCCUCCUCGUGCCCAUGAUUCGGAAAAAAUAG